GCGGAGAGACAUAAGGAGAAGAAAGGCAAAGGAAAUCACUCUGUCUCUGGAUCACAGCGAGCACAUCACGAUGCACAGCCUCGCAGAUCAGGAAGCUCUUGUCCCUCGGCCUCGUGGGAAUUUGCCCAAGGUGUGUGCCUCGUUGCUGGCUGCCAUAGCAACAUCAAGCUUCGUGCUUCUAUCUCCUGAAAGGUUAUGUGGAGUGGUUGCCAUGGUAAUACUCGUCCUGACCCUGGGCCCUCUGCUGCAUGGACUCUGUCUUCUGGCAGAGGAGAUGUUUAACCACGCAAGCACAAGGCACCAAGGCCGAGGGCUCCAAAUGCUGCCCGCCUGUGGUUUUGGGGGGAGGACCCUUUUGGCUGCAGGGAUGGCAGGUCUUCUGCUCUACCUGACUGAAGGACCUCUGCCAGAGAAAAGCCACUGCUGGAGACUCCUCAUGCUAGCCUCAGCCCUCUACCCACUGUUCAAAACCCUAGGAGUCCUGGGUCCGUCAGAGGUGGAGGUAUCGGACAUCUGUGAGGGGAGGAAGAUGAAUGUGGCCCAUGGUCUUGCCUGGUCCUUCUACCUGGGCUACCUUCGCCUGGUGCUGCCACGGUUGGAGAAUUCCAUUGUUGCAUUUCGUGCCUCCCAUCAGGCCGGUUGUUUCCAGGGGCGCAGCUCCAGGAAGCUCCUCAUCCUCAUCCCUCUCAAUGCCAACAUCGCUCACAAGCUGGAAGAUGAGGACGACAACAUCCGUUUCUAUGACAACCUCCCCAACAGUGAGAUAGACAGGGCAGGAGUGCGAGGGCGGGUCUAUAAGCACAGCGUCUACAACAUAUUUGAUGAGAACGGAAAGGGCCAUCAGUGUGUAGCAGAAUAUGCCACGCCCCUGCUGACGCUCUACAACAUGUCCCAGGAGAGCAGCGCUGGCUUUGGGGAGCCUGAACGCCGCCAGCAGGUCCUUCUCUUCUACAGGACCCUGAGGGACAUUCUGGAGCAGUCGCUGGAGUGCCGCAACCGCUACAGACUCAUCCUGCUCAACGAUGAUCAUGAGGAAGACCCUCACUUCUUGUCCAAGGCCAUCUUGCGACAUCUGCAGCAGCAGGAGAAGGAAGAGUUCUGCCUCACAGCGCACCCUCAACAAGAAAUGGAGUGCACAUUUGCCCGUCCUUUAAGCACCAUACCCAGAAGAGAGUACUGGCAGCACACAGAGCCCAUGAGCAGGGAACCCACGCUCAUGAUGAGCCUGGAGCCCCCGCAGCCCCUCAGAGAAGCUGUUGAGAUCACGGACCAUUACCAAGCGACAGCAUAACACACACACAUGCAGUCCAUUUUUUUCCACUGCUGGACUUUUAGUUUUAUAGGCUAUGUAUGCAAUAAAUAGUAAUAGUGAUUGUUUUGUUGUUGUUGUUGUACUUUUAUUCAAACAUAUAAGCAUGCCUAAACAGUAGUAGUGUACUUAAUAUUAUUCACCAGUCUAAACAUCUAUUUAUGCUUAACAUUAAUAAUGUAUCCACCUUUCAUAGAUAAUUACCCUGUUCACCCUGGAUUUCAAUUAAGUUCCUACACCUUUCAAAAUGAGCUUGUCUUUUGAAUAUAUUAACAGCAACAUAACUUUCUAAAAUGAACUGACAUUUUUGAAUGAAUGAU